AUGGGCCGGCAUCGACCGGUGCACCUGCACAAUCGUGAUGCUGCAAGACAUGCAGUCCAUCUACCAGGAAGAGCUUCCCUCAUGGUUUUGGCUACGUUGCUGAUCUUCUGGAGCGGGCGAGCUGCUCCCACCUGGUUGCUUCCUGUGUCGUCAAGGCUGACUGAAGUCACCGAUGUUUUGGCUUCCGAAUACUCGCGGCGCAGCCUGCUUGGCAGCUCCUUGUUGAGCCUGAUGUCCUCUCCGGCCAUGGCCGAGUCGCCCUGCGCAUGCUGCGAAUCCGACUGGUGUGGCUGCGGUGCAAAAUGCGUUGACUGCCACGCCUACCUGUCCUCGAGAGGCUAUUCGCUCCCUGCAGAUCUCGCGAGCGCAGUGAAAAGUCGAGGUGUAUCCGACUGGGCGGCUGCCGUGGACUGGCAAACUGCGGAAGCUCCGCAGUGGCGUCCAGUGCAAAAAGACCAGGUCUCGGCGGGCCAGUCACAGCUGCCAGGAGCCGGCCGGGGCCUCUUCGCGCGGCGCGCGCUGGCCAAAGGGGCCGUGCUGCCGCCCUACAAGGGGGAUCUUCCAGAUGGCUACUGUCGAGCGGCUAUGAGGAUUGGCAGGGUGGAGGGCCAACUGCAGACCUUCCAAACCGUCACCCGCGGCGGCGCCUACGUCUGGUGCCCGCAGAAUCCCGGCGACGCAGCGGCGGCUUUCUGCAUGGAUGCCGCGGCUGAUGACCCGGAGAACCCUGCUCGGUUAAUCAAUGCAGCUGCCAACGAAGAGCAGUGCAAGCAGGUAAACACCGAGAUUUGCCAGCUGGGAAGUAUCCUCUAUUUCCGCACGGUGCAAGACGUGCCAGCGGGGACAGAGCUUGUUACAGACUAUGGCUACAGCUACUGGCCGGAUUUCGACUCGUGCCAGCUCGUGACAGCCAACGAUCUGAUGGCUCGCUUGGAGAAGCGCUCGACAAGAUGA